UUUGAAUGUUUAUAAUUAUUUUUUCUGUAUUUUUCAUCUGCGUGAAGUGACUCGUGUUUAUACAGCUGGGGGUGGAACCGUGGUUUCAGUUGAGCCUUUAGAAUACAGUACAUCAUAUUAAUGCAGCGCGAACAAACUCUUGAGUAUAUUGUGAUUAGAGCCGGAGGACUGAUAUUACUCAUUAAUAAGGAACUCUUUGACAAUAAUUUGGGCCAAACAAAAAAUACCACAGAGGUUAGCCUCAGUUUAGACUUGCUUUCUUUUCUGUGUUCUUGCUCUAUGCGCGGUGACGCCGUUGCCACGGUGACUAAAACUCAAACACACGUCAUCAAGCUGCGUGGCUCACGUUAAUCCUGCGCUCGACAAUAACAUUGAGAUUUGCCGACGAUUAAUGUGCAGUACAGCCUUUCAAUGUGCGAGGGGCCUUCAUCAAUAUGUGGACCAAUCCCACCAGACCCAUCGCUGUUUCCCCAAUACUACAAAAGACCUGCUUCAGCAUUGGCUCGUUUAGAGGGAAGCAAACGAGGUAUGUCGAGCCUGCUGUCGGGGCCUCUUGCUCCAGAUCCUGUCUUGCAUCCUGAGUGCUACAGUGCCCGUGCCUCUGCACGACGUCCCCGCAUCAGCGCCAAUGCAUCGCACAUUCUGGAGAAAGGGCAGACAGGCGUCAUGAGGGAGCUCCUAAACAUAGAUUGUUUUCCUGCCACAGAGAUAACCAAACCCAAAGAGCCAGAGUUUGACUUUCGCAAAGACAAUAUCCGACGGCUUCGAGACAUCCAGAGACGUUGCAAAGAAGUGCAAGCUGAGAAGUCUCGUUCCACUCCAGUCAAAGCUCUGUGGACUUCAACUAAAUACCACAACAUCCAAUCCAAAUUCAUGAUAGACUUACAGGCCACCGGUCCGGUUGUGAAACCACAGUGUCAAAACUUUCUAAAGGGUCACUCAAAAAAUAAAGUACCACCAAGACCACACUCAAGCCCUGCUGCUGUGACCUUGCGUCACUCUUGCACACCUGAACAGGACAAGAAUUUGCAAGUGAACGGUCAAAGCAUAAAUUUCAUUAAAUAUAAUGCAAGGGCAGCAGGACAGACUAUGCAGAGGUCCCAGUCACUGACGAACCUGCGGGAUAAACCAGUGCCCAGUGCUGUCAAAGGUCAGGUGCCACACUACAUAGAAGAGAGGAAGAAGCAAUGGCGUAAAGAGGAGGAGGAGGCAAGGAAGAAGAAACUUAUUCCAUCUGUUCCUCCUGGUCACACCUUAAUGGCUGACAGUGACAGGCAGGAAACUCUGAAGACCCUCAAAGAGAGCCAUCGCUCAUUGGUGACGGAGCUGCUGUUGCUUCCUCUCAAAGCAGACAAUCUGAGUGUUCGUUUGCGGCGCGCUCACCUUGAUAGAAGACUUUCUGAGAUCGAGGAAGCCAUCAAAAUCUUUUCCAGGGAUAAAGUUUAUGUCAAAACAAAUUCCUAACCCCUAAAGAGGACGGGAUGGGACAUCCACCUGCUAAAAUUUUUAAGAGUUGAUUGUGACUUGGGUGUUAAAUAAUGCAACAUUGUACUGUAUCAUGUGACCUUUUGUAUAAUGAUAGUGUUUAAAAAGUUAUGUUUUUUUUAUCCUGAAAGGUGGCAAAUCAUACCAGCUACGGAAUGACAAAAAAAAAAAAUCCACAUUUCUACCGGAUUGUAUGAUUCUGUUUAGGAGAAAAAUGCACUCAACUAUUUAAAAAAUGACUGUACUGUGUGUGUGU